UGACCUUGCCAGAACUUGUCCUCCACUCCAUAUCAGACAAUAUCUCUUCACUUCAUGCUUGUUGGACCAACUUGUAUAUAUCCAUAUUCAAAGGAGCGAAAGAAGCAAUGUCAAGGCUUUGUAAUUUGCAAGUACACAUUAAUGGUCAAGAAACAUUCUUUCUAAACGAGAAAGUCAUAUCUACUUAUUCAGAAAAGUUAAAAAAGAUUGUGAAGCAAGAAAGGAGAAGAACCCAGAUGAAGAAAUUGGAUAUAGAGAUUGAUGAUUUCCCAGGAGGCCCAGAUGGGUUUGAGCUAGUUUCAAGGUUCUGUCACAACAAUGGUGGAAUCAAUAUCACUGUCACAAAUGUCUCUCUUCUGUAUUGCUCAGCUGUCUUUCUUGGAAUGACUGAGAAAAUCUCAAAUUUCAAUCUAUUGCAACAGGCAGAAACCUUUCUGGAUGGAUUGAUUUAUUGGUCAUGGAAAGAAAUAUUGGCAUGCCUAAAUAGCUGUGAGUCAUUAUUUGCAUACGCAGAUUCAUUUGGUCUAUUAGAAAAGCUCAUUUGUGCUCUUUUGUCAAAGAUUAUUGCUCAUAAUUCAGACUUGAACCUCAUCAUCACUACUACCUCAUCCUCAUCUUCAUCCUCUCCUGAUGAAACCUCUUCAGGGUUUAGAUUCUCUUCUUGUUAUUGCAAACCCAGUACCCCAGAAUCAUUCAAGCCAAGUUCAUCAAGCAAAGCAUGGUGGUUUGAUGAUUUGACCAUUUUACCACCUAAGAUCAUUGAAAGAGUUAUCCGGAGUUUAGGGGAGUACAUGAACAAUAACAGCAGCCUAAUCCUUACCAAAUUUCUCCUUCAUUACCUCAAACUUGCCACUCAUAAGAAAGCUUAUAAUAAUAAUAAUUCAUCAAAAGAUGUGCUUGUGAGUCUAGCAGACACAGCUGUUCAUGGGGUGAUGUCAUCUGAUGAAAAUGCUUUCUCUUGUAGAUCACUCUUUUGGGUAUUGAGAAUUCUAUCUGGUUUUGGAAUUAGUAAAGAGAGGAGACUUGGUUUGGAGAGAUUGAUUGGUGCAGUACUUGACAAAGCAACAUUAGAUGACUUAAUGGUUUCAGGCAACAACAGCGGUGCCUAUGAUGUUAACCUUGUGAUAAGAUUGGUUAGAGUAUUUGUCAACUGUGAGGAUGUUACUACACAGAAGUUAAAGAAAGUUGGCAGAUUGGUUGAUAAUUAUUUAAGUGAAAUAUCACCUGAUCAAAGCCUUAAGAUCUCAAAGUUUCUUGGUGUAGCAGAAAGUUUACCACACUCAUCAAGAGACAGUUUUGAUGGAGUUUACAGAGCCAUUGACAUCUAUCUUGAGUCACACCCCACACUCUCAUCAGAGGAAAGGUCAAAACUAUGUAAAUGCUUGAAAUUUGAGAAGCUGAGCCUGGAAGCCUGCAAAGAGCUUGCAAAGAAUCCCAAAAUCCCACCAGAAAUCACAAUUGAUGCUCUUAUCAAACAGCAAUCAAAAAUAGUAUCCACAAACAGUGAGUUUGGAAAUGAUGAUUAUGAUCAUUUGCCGAGUUUGACUGCGAAAAUGGCUUCGCGAAAGGCUUUCUAUGGCGGUUGCAAUAAUAAUAGUGAAAAAUUCACAGAAGAAAAAGAAUUUGUUGAGCAAAACUUGCAAAGAAUGCAAAGAAGGGUUAUAGAGUUGGAGAAAGUUUGUACAGAGAUGAAGGGUCAAAUGUCAAGGAUGGUUAGACACAAUGUCUUUGGCACACCCCAUUCUAAAACCCCACCUAGACUAUGUUGAUUUCUUUAUUUUCUUUUCCCUAUACGGAUAUAUAUAUUUUUAUAUAUAUAUGUAU